UUCAUUUGUCAGGAACUGAAGGUUUAGAUAAGAAAUGAGCAGCAAAUUAUGUUAUCAGUAUGUAUUACAUUUGUUGGACAUAUUGGACAUGUACACAAAGUUUAUUUAAAGUGUAAACAAAGAGCCUUUAUCAUUUCUGGAUUUACGGAAAUAAAAUGCCGGCAGCAGAAUCAAUACAUUUAUUGUUCAAAUAUACAACCUGGUGACAGACGGACACACGGACAGACGAAGGGACAGCGGUUAGUGAAAGAACGGUAAUGAUAUGUAGAUAUCAUUAUAGAGUACCCAAAGGUCGGCCGUACGUGUGUCUCCUACUGCUUUUGAUGAUAGACAUAAUUGAAAGUCAAUAUUAUGGACCUCGGGAAAAGUGCACAAGCAAACAAAUAUCAACUGACACAUCAAGAUGCACAGUUAUAAUUUACUGUAAUGGCGUAAUAGAAUACACAGAUGAAACUUUCUCAUACAUAACUUGCUUCCACAACUAUUAUGGAUAUAGAAACUAUGACGGAUCGUAUGACCUUAUCCUUGAUUUCCAAAACAUGGACGCGAAUGAGAUUGUUUACAAGCAAACAAUACCACGAUUUCUAUCUAGAAGUAAGGUUAAAAAGAUAAUAAUGAAUAAGAUUGAAACAGUAUCUGUAUUAAGUCAAAUGCUGAAUUUUGACGAAUUAACGCAUUUCGAAAUUGUGAACAGUGCUUUGGAGACUAUAGAUUUGUCCAUGUUUAUCAAUAAACAUAAUUUGGCAUUUAUAAAUGCAUCCAGCAAUCGAAUAUCAGUGUUAGAAAAUGAUAAACAUUUAGCUUCUUCAACGCACACGCUGCAAUUGAUAGAUUUAAGCCACAACUUGAUACAAAUAUUACCAAACAAUUACUUUUCAUGCUUCCCAAAUCUUUUGCACUUAAAUUUGUCCCACAACUAUAUUGAUCAUUUGGAUUUGUUGACAUUUGAAGGAUUGUCUCAACUAGAAACUCUGUAUUUGUCUUACAACAGUUUAGUGUCAAUAGAUCAUAGUUUAGCAAGGUUUUUGAAUUUGCGGGAACUGAUGUUAGAUCAUAAUCAAAUAACAUCAUUGAAAGAGUACAAUUUUAAUGUGAUGGCGCAAUUGCAAACAUUAAAUCUGAGUUCAAAUAGGAUAUCAGAAAUUGAUGACAUGGUAUUUCAAGCUUUACACGAACUACAGAUACUAGAUUUAAGUCACAAUAAUGUCACUAUGCUUACAAAUUUAUUCGAUGAUAAUACAAAUUUAGAAACUCUUUUCUUGUCCGAUAAUAGCAUUAAAAUCAUUUCAAAGGGAAUCUUCAGUACAAUGAACCUUACUCAGUUUCGGAUAAAUAAUAAUAAUAUAUCGGGUAUUAUAUAUAAAGAUACAUUUCAGGGAAUCAGACAGACUGAUUUUGAUCUGAGCUACAAUAAAAUUGAAACAUUAGAUUCCAACGUGUUCAGUACUUUUGGAUCAGAACUGAAUUUUUUGAAUCUUUCACACAAUAAUAUUUAUGAUUUAUCUAAUUCGUCAUUUACUUCCUCAGAAUACAUUGCUACACUAGACGUUUCAUUUAACCGGCUAGUAAAAAUAGAAGGAUACUUCAGUAGUCUUACUGAACUGAAAUAUUUAAAUUUAAGCAACAAUGAUCUAAGUAAUAUAUUUAAAGAUUCGUUCAAAAAUUUAAUUUCACUAAAUAUUUUAGAUUUGUCCUCAAAUGCAAUUAAAACAAUUGAAGAUGAGUCUUUUAAUGAUUUACGAAAAUUAAAAACUUUGAUAUUGAGUAAUACUCAACUGACUACUACUUUUGCUUUACAUACUCUUCGAGGUAUGGUUUCGUUGAACACCAUAUUUCUCGUGAACAUUGACGGAACAACAAACUAUGAAAAGUACGCAUUUUCGGGUAUGACUGAAUUAAAAAUUAUAAAUUCUUCAUUUAGCGGUCUCACAAAAAUACACCACGACGCUUUUAAUGAUACCGGAUCAAUUGAAAUUAUCGAUUUUUCACAUAAUCUAUUAGAAGAUUUUUCCAUUAACAAAGAAAGUGUUUCAACAAUCGUAGAACUGUACUUGCAUAAUAAUAGAAUACAAAACAUUACACAAAAAAUGUUUGAUGGAUUUGUUUCGUUAGUAAAACUGACAUUGGCUUUAAAUCAUAUUGUCAUAGUACAAGAUAAUUCAUUGUCAUUACUGUCUAAGUUAGGAUAUUUAGAUCUUUCUUUUAAUGAAUUAAUGGUAAUCAAUGGAUCUCAAGUUGAAAAUAUGACUUCGUUAUAUUAUUUAUCUCUGAAAAAUAUUAAAACGGCGACCAAUUUUAGUUCCGUAACGGCUGCUAGUGUUAAAGUUCUAGAUAUGUCUUUAUGUGAUAUUGUCUUUGUAAGAUCACUUAGUGUAUAUAGAUUAGGAAACAUUACAACAUUAAAUCUUAGUUUUAAUAAAAUAACAUUUAUCGAUAAGCAUUCAUUUCAAACAAUGCCUGAGUUAUCUAUUCUUGAUUUAAGUUUUAAUCAAAUAAAUUAUAUACAACCUGGAUCAUUCAUCAAUACAAAUUUAAUCAAAAAUCUUAACUUCCACAAUAAUAUGAUAUCAAGUCUACAGUACGGCGUCUUUGAUGGUCUUAAAAAUUUAGAAGUUUUGAACCUAUCAAGCAAUUCACUCAGUUCCUUUGAAAUUAAUAUUUUGCACAACAGUAAUGGAGUAUCUACAAUUGUCCUAGACGAUAACAUGUUAGAAAAUAUAAAUCUUGAUAGUUAUCAAAAUAAAGGCAUCAACGAAUUAAGUGUUGGUGGAAAUAUGAUCAACUGUGAUAUAUUUAUAGAAUUAAAAAAGAAAAUUGACGAAUAUUCUUUUAAAAUCACCGCGAAAACUUUAGAUUAUCAUUCUGAAAAUGUCGAUGGGAUAACUUGUAAAACUUUAUCAAAGAAAAAUGUUAUGAUUAAGAAGCAUAAUGAUACUAUUCUCCCAAAUAUAACUGUAGCUUUUGAUUCCUUAGCUGGUGCUAUGGACAUGUUUAGAACUGCCAUUGAACAUGUAGCAACUGCUGAUGUUAAUUCUAAUGUCGAGUUAAAGAAAGACAUAGAUGGUGUUCUUACAACAAUCAAUAAAUUAGUAAAAUUGUAUAAUGAUUCUCAAUUACUAACAAAUGAUUUAUUGCACAAAAUGAUUGAAAAUAGCGGGGCACAGACGCAGCAGAUUGUUAAAAGUGAAAAUAUGAAUGUGAAAGAAGAUGUAAAUACACCUAUAUAUAUAACGUUGGGAUGUUUGAUAUGUUUGUCUGUUCUGUUGGUUAUUUUAAGCUACAGUUAUUUCAAAUGGAAGUCGAAAGUUUUAGAAUUGUACAAUUUUUCAAGCAACAGGCACUUGGCUAACGAUAUGGAAAUGGAAUAAAUAUAAUGUAUACUGCAAAUGUAUACAUUAUAUUUAUUCCAUGUAGAUUGCAAGUGCUCAUCAUUUUUGGUCUAUAUUUUGUCUAUUAAAUGUCUAUAUUUAUGUGUUAAAGAUUUAAUUCUCUAUUACGCAUAUAUUUUAUUUCAAAAUGAAAAUCAUAUAUUUUUAAUUAUUACAUGUAUUGUCAUUCUAUCUCUGAUUGGUUUGACUGUUAGAGAAUACCAUACGUCUUACACCAAUCAAUACAUUACAAUAAAACAGGAGAAAAAAAAUCCUGUACAUUGAAUAAAUUUACAUGAAAUAAAAUUAGUCAUACCAACUGUCUGUUUGUCUGUAUGUUAUAUAUAAUUUUUAUGUGGAAUAAAGUUUUUAAAAUAUUAGAAACGCAAAGUUUGGUAUGUGAGAGAAUGUUGGACGUUAGUUAACUCAAUAAACAAAUUCUAAUUAUAUCCGUUCAAUAUCGAUGAAAUUUGGCACACAAGUAGAAGCCUGGGAUAGUACAUACUCUGAAGUUAUUUUUCUCCUGAAAUUCUUACUAUGUUCAAAUUUUGUAAUGGUGAGUUACGCCAGUAAAUUUUGACGUUGACUUUGACACGACGGCCUAACACGAAACUUACAAACACGUAGUUGUUACUAACGUCCACAUAAAGUCCUUUUCCCUAUAAGAAUGUAUAGCGACGUAAUGACGUCUUACGUGUUUUAUGUUUCAUGGUAGCUCGUUUGCCUUUUUUUGAGCAGGUUAAAGUUAACUGGCUCUUUUUUCCAUGCAAGUUUAUAUAAGCGAAGUAAACAAUGUAUCUGCACACUGCACAUGCACUUUUCUAGGAUUUCCGCUGCAAUUACAGUGCGUCCCCGAGGUCCUAUUCUCCAAAACAAUGGACACGUUUUUCUCUCCUAACGGUGAGCGGUUAUAGUGUAGCUACCUAACCACUCGUAUCUAUGCGCGUCUGCAUGGCAUGCCAGCCACUAUUGACCUUACAUAUUAUAAAACAAACUCAAAAACUACUGCGUAGAUUUUCAUGCGGUUUUCAUCAAUAGUGUGAUUCCCGAGGAAGGUUUACAUGUAUAUUUUAUUAUGUUUUGUUUUUGUUUGAGUUAGCGCUAUCAUCGCAUUUUUAUCAAUUUCUACUAUGUCUUAGCGGAACUACUAUACUUUCCUAUAAAAUCCGUUAAAUUCAUAUCAAAUCAACAUUAUUCAAGCAUUUUACUUAUAUCACCACCAUUUUUGGCAUUUUCUUUAUGUAAGAAAUUAAAAUAUAUGUUAUAAAAUACUUAUAAGAACAUACAAAAUGGUAAAGAUACGGUACCUUAAGUUCCUUUAUGCGAAGUUUCAAAAUAAUAUAAACACUUCUAAAAUGUCGCUUCCACUUCUUUCAUAUACAUAACUUAUAUAAAUACACAACAUGCAUUUUAUCCUUACACUCUUACAUCUAAAAUUCUUACCGUAGAUCCAAAGCACGGACUGGUUACAGUGCAAAAAAAAAUUCCUGCCAUCUUGAAGUACAUAUUGCGCCGUGCUUGUUUCAACUGUUAAGCUUCAGAAAAUGAGUUUUUCUCUACAAAGGAGUGACGUCACCACGUGCCACAGAUUGCUAGAACCAACUAUUGACAAGUUUUUUCUAUUUUCUCUGGGAAUACGUAACACGUGCUUAUAUUGUAAACUAGCUUUUUGCCCGCGGCUUCGCCCGCGUAUCGUAUAUUUGUUGGUUACCUCGUCACGCUCAAUCUACUCAAUCUUCUUGUAAUUUUACAUACAUGCAGUUUUGAGUUAUGGAGAAGGAGAUAGGGCACGUUAAAUCCCGGAAAAGAAAUUGCUUCCAUAUGAAAAUUACGCGGUUGAAGCCGCGAGCAAAAGUUAGUUCUAUUAAACUAAGGUGUUAACUACAUCAAUACCAAUUUCCAUAAAAAUUGGAGCGCGAAGACGUACUCGUAAGUAACAAAUAAUAUAAUCUUUGGGAUUUUAUCGUCUGUAAUUUUUUAUUUUGAUUUUUUUGUACGUAUUAUAAUGGAAGUGCCAAAAAUUUAAACAAAUAUAUUAUACCUAUCACUAACAGUUUCUUGCACAAGGACCUUGUGUAAACUUCGACCACUUUCUUAGAUUUCGCUACCGACUGUUAAGUUAUACCGAAGUAACAUUGUAAUUCAUAAGAAAUGGCGACUCAUAUUUAGGCGCUAUGUAGCCGCCAUAAUCGCUUUGCCAUCACUUUGUUUUAUUUAUAAAAACUAAAUUAAAAAUUUAAGA